AUCAAAAAUAUUCAAAAUGUUUCGUAAUACCUAUCAAAAAGGAUUUUUUACAAUUUUAUACAGCUGUGGAUCAGCUCCUUUAGAAUUGUGGGGCAUGCACGUAAAGAAUGGAUAUAUACGAAGAAUCAUUGACGAUGAGGUAAAAUCAUUAGUGUUGGAAUUAGCUGGAACUAAUGUGGCAACAACCUAUAUUUAUUGUCCAGCAGAUAAGAAAAAAGUUCUUGGAAUAUCAUUACCAUUUUUAAUAAUGAUUAUUAAAAAUAUGAAACGAUAUUUCACCUUUGAGAUAACCAUUCUCGAUGACAAAAAUAUGCAUAGAAGAUUUCGUGUAAGCAAUUUUCAAAGUACCACUAGAGUUCGUCCAUUUUGUACUACAAUGCCAAUCGGUUUAUCCAAUGGUUGGAAUCAAAUUCAAUUUAAUUUAGCAGAUUUUACACGGCGUGCGUACGGCACUAAUUACGUGGAAACUACGAGGAUGCAGAUGCACGCCAAUUGUAGAAUUCGACGAAUUUAUUUUUCAUCAAGAUUAUAUAAUGACGAAGAAUUACCAGCUGAAUAUAAAUUAUUUUUACCAAUACAUCAAAGGAAAUGUGUUAGAGAAAAAGUUGAUGUUAGAAAAAUUAGUAAACAUGAGAAACCAGAGGUGGAAGAACCACCAAUAUUAUAUAAGAGUCUAUCUGAUGAAAUUGUUAGCGAAGAAACUAAAGAGAAAAGAGUAGAUGAUAUCGAAGUUCCAUCGGAAGUUUCAGUACCUUUAGAAGAAAGUGAGGUUCCUGAAACUAAAAUAUCAAUGGAAGAAGAAAUAGAAGGGGUUGAAGAAUAUGAUGUAGAACAUGAAUUUGAAAUUGAUGACAGGCAUAUCUUUGAAGACGAAGAAAUUGCAAUGAAAGUUGCUAUGGCAGCUGCUGAGGAACAUGAAGAUGAGGAAGAUCUUAUCUUGGAUGAAAUAAUUAUGGAAGAUGAAGGCUAAUUACAAUAACAUGUUAUUGAAUAAUUAAGAUUUUAAAAUAAAGCUUGUUAAAGCUUUUACUUUAUAAUUCUAUCUUAUGCACUAUUUUAUUUUAA